CAAAGCCGAAGCAAGAGCGCGGGAGGGAGGGGGCGCUUCUCCGUCACGCGACGAAGGGGAGGGGGCGAGAAGGGGGAGAUCCUAGCUUGACGUCAUCAGGGAACUCCCCAUCGUGGUCGUCGUCGAAGGAAGGGGGAAAUCCUGAGGCGGGUCUGGAGUGCGCGGACUCAGGUGGGCUUGGCUUGAAGCAGAGGAGGAGAGCGAGGCUGUUGCGAGCGCACUCCGACGGCGGGCGGCUUGCCUCUUCUGCUCCUUGGCGAUGAAGAGCCGCCUCAGCGCCGGCGCCUUGCCGCCUCCUCGGCUGCUCUAAGCCCAUGCCAUGCUGCUGCCGCUGCUGCCGGCGCUGCUGGCCGCCCUGGCGCCCUCCCUGGAGCCCAAGGAGACCCCGACGCCGCCGCUGCCCGUGAACUCCUCCGCGCCCUUUGCCACCCAGGCGGCUUUGCCCACCACCACGGGGGCGAGGGAAAGGGCCACGCCCCUUCCUCCUCCCCUCAGAGAGGACCCUCCUUGCAACAUCAGCGUCCAGCGCCAGAUGCUGAGCUCGCUGCUGGUCCGCUGGAGCCCGCUCGCUUUGGCAGCCCAGUGCGACUUGGUGCUCUUCUCCACCGGAGGAGGAGGCGGAGGGGGAGGCGGAGGAGGAGGGGGUCGCGCCUUCUUUUCGGCCGCCUUUCCCCGCGUGGGGCCCCCUCCGCUCCUCAUCGAGCACCUCGGCUUGGCAGCCGGCGGCGUCCAGCAAGAGCUGAGGCUCUGCGUGGGCUGCAACUGGGCCCGGGGGCGGCGCGUGGGGCGCCUCCGCUCGACCUCCUCGGCCUUGUUCUCCUCCUCGCCGCCCCUUCCCGCGGACCAAGGCGAGCGGCUCCACUUCUGCUGCCUGGACUUCAGCCUGGAGGAGCUCAAGGGGGACCCCGGCUGGCGCCUCAACCGCAAGCCCAUCGAGUCCACGCUGGUGGCUUGUUUCAUGACGCUGGUCAUCAUCGUCUGGAGCGUGGCCGCCCUCAUCUGGCCCGUGCCCAUUAUCGCCGGCUUCCUGCCCAACGGCAUGGAGCAGAGGAGGGGCGCCAACGCCGCCGCCGGGCCCGGGAGCAACAACCACGCCGCCGCCGGAGGAGCAGGAGGAACCAACGCCGCCGCUGGAGGGGCCCCCAAAGGAUCACCUUAAAGCACAAGUGUCAUGCUAUGUCGCCCUCCAGAUGCUGAACUACUACUCCUGUGUUCCUCAUCACUAGGCGUCAUGACCAGAGCUGAUGGGAGUUGGGAUACAGUCACAUCAGGAAGGCCCCAAGGCUUGAAUUUAGCUACAAGGCUUGUGGAUAUGACACCUGCCUUCAAAAUACCCUUUAACGUUUUCACCAACCUCGGAGUCACAAAUGUUGUUGGGCAGCAAUCCCGAUUAUCCCCAGUCCAUGUGUCAUUCAGUAACAUCCGAAUUGGGUAAAGAACUAAAGAGUGCCAACCUUUAUAAUUGGCCCUCUGUUAUUCUCCAUCCGAGGAAUCGACAGCCCUUUGAAGGCAACCAUAAGAUGGCCCUCGAUGAAAAUGAGUUUGAUGCUCCAGAGCCUUGCUGGAUUUCUUCCUCUCCUGAUUUCAUCUGGGUCCCGUCCCUGUUGGACAUGGUGGGCCUUAUUAAAAGCCUCCUCACUCUCUUUCCGUAUUCUGCAGAGGAUCACCUUAAAGCACAUGUGUCAUAUUAUGUGGCCCUCCAGAUGCUGGACUACCACUCUUGUAUUCUUCAUCAUUAGGCAUCAUGACCAGAGCUGAUGGGAGUUGGGAUACAGUCACAUCAGGAGGUGACAAGGCUUGUGGAUAUAAUGCCUGCCUUCAAAAUGCCCUUUAACCUUUUCCCCAACCCCAGAGCCACAAGUGCUGUUGGACGGCAAUCCCCAUUCUCCCCAGUCUGCAGUCAUUCAGUAACAUCUGAAUUGGGUAAAGAACUAAAGAGCAGCAACCUUUAUAGCUGGCCCUCUGUUUUUCUCCUCGGGGGAAUUGACAUCCCUUUGAAGGCAACUAUAAGGUGACCCUUGAUAAAAAUGAGUUUGAUGCCUCUGCUCCAGACUCCAGAGCCUUCCUGGACGUCUUCCUUUCCUGAUCGAAUCUGGGUUCUGUCCUUAUUGGACUCACACAGCCUUCUCUCUCUCCUUUCCUCCCUCGAUGACAUUUCUAUUUUGCAGAGGAUCCCCCUUAAAGCCAUCUUCAAAGCUUGGAUUUCAGUGCAGAAAAUCGAGCUGGAUGGGUUCCUCGCCAACGGAGGGAAAGCCAACACAUCCCUGCCUCUCGUUUAGAUAGACCAUACUGUAGUUCUCAUGUGCACCAAUUCAAACCUGAAAAAAAGAUGACCAAAACCUGUGUUAUUUGCUUUACAUAUAUUUAUAUAUGUAUAUUGACAAAAAACUCUUUUAAGUCGAUAUUUUAGUAAAAACCGUACACCCAUAAAGCCAGUGCACUUUGCUGUAGUUGUAAGUCAGAGUGCUUCUUUGUAUACCAAUAACAGAUUUUUAUUUACGGAAAGAUGAACCUUUUUUUCGGGCAGGGUUUUAAAUUUGCUAACACAGUAUAUAUAGAUAUAUAAAUAGAUCUAUUGUUCUCGGACAAUCCCUGGACAUCACUCUUUUACAGUGUGUGUGUGUGUGUGUGUGUGUGUGUGUGUGUGUGUGUGUGUGUGUUUCUUAUUAGAGAUAUUGUGUGGUUACUACUGUAAGUCUCUUAGAUUAUUAAUACAGAUAUUUUCUUUGCUUUAAUGCUCAGACUUUGCUUUGUCUGUUUUUCUGAGUGCUUUCCCAAGACUGAGUAGAUUGGUUCUAGGUGGGAAUAGAGGUUUAAGACACAUUUUCACACCUACGGACACGCCAUAAUCAUCCCAUGGUGCUGUCACAUGCCUUCCUUUGACUUCAGCUUCUGUUUUGUUAACUCAUUCAAAAGGUGUUUAAAUAUUUAAGCUCUGUGGCCUGUUGAUUCUCUUUUUCCUCAAGAUAAGUAAUUUAUGUUUUUCGUUGUGUCAUUUCCAACUUAUGGUGAUCCUAAGGUAAAGUUGGCGAGAUUUGUUUGGGGGGGGGGGUUGCCUUUGCCUUCCUUUGAGGCUGAGAGAAUGUGACUUGCCCAAGGUGAGCCAGUGACGUUCCAUGUCCAAGCUGAGAUUCAAUCCCAUUCACCAGAGUCAUAGUUCAAUUCUCAAACCACUCCACCAAGCUGACUCCUCUAGUAAUGUGCCUUCAAGUUGCCUAUUGACCUAUGUUAACCCCAUGAAUUUCCUAGUGUUUUUUAAGGCAAGGAAUACUCAGAGGUGGUUUUUCCAGCUUCUUCGACUGAAACAUAGUACCUGGUAUUUGAUGGCAGUCUCCUAUCCAAGUAGUAAUGAGAGUUGAUGUUUCUGAGCUUUUAAAAUCAGACAGGAUCUGGUUCCUUUGGGGUAUUUAGUAGCACACUAUAAACAAAAGCAGGGUGACAUCUCUGGCAUAAUGUUAUGAUAUACGGUGGCACGUGAGUGACAUAAAGUUAAAAAAACUAUGUUGUCUUCCAGCUUGAUAUGAAAUAUUAAUUCAGUGAAAAACUCAGGUGGAGUUUAUUUGCAACUGAAUUUAUGUAUCAUAGCUUCAUGUCUCAUAUUCUGAAUUUUCAAUUUCAUUUAGGAAACCAAACAAGGAAUGUUUGAAUCACCAGCAUAUAUUGAUUGAUUUUAUAAGACAAUUCACUAUUAAGAAAGGGUUUUUUUUAGGAAUGAGGAGUCAUUUUGGUCAGUGAGAAGGCAACAGUGAUACAAGACAAUUCACUAUUAGGAAAGAGUGAUACAAUUUGUUCACGCAAGGUGGUUCUCCAAAUGAUGAACUAUAGCAUUUGCUGUGUUGGGUGAGUCUAUCAAUGUAGCCACAUUGUAAAACGAAUGUUGACACCACUUUAACUGCCAUGGCUCAAUACUAUGGAAUCAUGAAAGUUGUAGCUUUACAAGAUCUGUAGCUUUCUUUGCCAAGGAGUGCGGUCCCUCACCAAACUAUAAUUUUUUGUGAUUCCAUGGCAUUGAGCCAUUGCAGUUAAAGUAGUGGCAAACUGCAGUCAUCCUACAGACUAGUACUGCAGAUGUACUCUCUGUGAAUUCUGCCUGUGAACUCAUUGACAUCUGAAGGACCAUAAAUUGUCCUUGCCUUGUUUAGGGAACCGAAGUUAGGAAGAGAGAACUAGAGUUAAAUUGCAUUCUCUUCCCCUGACCCUUUCUCUCCAUUCCUGAACAUUUAAACACUGAUUUGUGAACACUAAAGGUUGUCCUGAAGUUGGCAAUGCCCUGCAUUUCCAGGUUUUAUCAGAGAAAAUAAAAGUGGAUAUUUGAUGAUGUUCUAGUAAAGACUGCAAAACCCAGAAAGCUCCAGAUCCCAUCUGACAUUGGAAGCUAAAGAGGGCCAGGCCUGGUUAGUACUUGGAAGGGAGACACAAGGGAAUAUCAGAUGUUUAGAGAUUAUAUUUAGUGGGUGGCAGUGGCCUCCACUGAAUUAAUUUUGCCAAAAAAAACCCAAAACUUUCUGGUAGGGUUGAAAUAAGUAGAUAUAGGGAUUUCUGAUCCAACCCAAGAGAUUUGUGGAAAUAAGCAUUCACUCAUAUGAUGAGUGAAUAUGUACAUCUAUAUAAAACAUCACUAUAUGUAUCAUAAGGUCCAUCUGAGUCCUAUUAAUUGGCUGUGUUUGUGUUUAUACUGGCAAAUAUAUGCUCAUAUAGCUAGGGCUUGUGUUCCAGUUGAAUUGGGGCUUUGAACUAUUAACAAAAGAAAGGGUUGAGAAUUCUUUUAGUUCAGUGAUUUCCUUCUAGCACUUAAUGAAAACAUUAUCUUUAAGAAGACUUGAAUUAUUUAUUAACCAAGUCAUGCUUUUUAGUCUCUAAUACUUUGCAUUUCUCCAUUGGAAAUGGUAAAUGCACAAAAAGCACAAAAUAACGUAUUGUUCUAACUGCAUUUUUAUAAAAAGCUACCAGGACAAGGGUGAGCAAGAGUGGUAACUGCAUCUUACAACCUGCAGGGGUUCAAAAACAAGUAAAUAAAAACACCAGAAGUAACUUUACGUCUGCUUUUGGUUUUAAAAACACUUUUAGAUGCUAAAUACUAGUGCCGGUGUGGAAUCUUCUGAACAGAAUAAAAGAUUACAGAGUUGUUAACCCUUCCCUAUUCUAUCCAAAGCUCAUGUUACUUGGGGACUGCCUGUACUUAGAAAUUGAUACAGUGUGUCCUUGGUAUCUGUUGGGGUUUGAUUCUAGAUUCCCUAGCAGAUACCAAAAUACAUUGAUUCUCAAGCUCCAUUCUAAACAAUAGCAUAGUAAAAUGGUGUCCCUUAUACAAAACCACAAAACGAAGACUUGCUUUUCCGAAUUAAAAAAAAAAAUUCAAGCCAUCAAUGGUUGAAUUGGCAAAUGAUGAAACCAUGGAUACAAAGGGAGACUGUUCGGCUAAGCACAGCAAGGCUAACUUUGGACUAAGCGUACAUCAUACCAUGGCGCAUAAACAUUAACAAUGUUUUGUUGAAGUUGGGUGCAGUAUCAUUUCACCUUCAGAUAUCUUUGAUGGAAUCUUUUUUUUCUUUGUCUUGUUGAAGCACUAACUGAAUGUGAAGGUUUGUGCCACUGAAACAUGGUUUCAAGAAACAGUUAUAUCUGUUGUCAAAGGCUUUCUUGGUCGGAAUUGCUGGGUUUCUGUGAGUUUUCUGGGCUGUAUGGCCAUAUUCCAGAAGAAUUCUCUCCUAUAGGCAAAACGUCAGGAGGGAAUGCUUCUGGAACAUGGCCUGGAAAACUCACAGCAACCCAUCAGUUUGUUUGUUUGUGUAAAGUGUUUGUUGCAGUACAGUUUUAAUUGUAAUCUUUCAGGAUAUUUACUUCUGAUUUGUAUUUAUGCUGGGCUUGUUUCCCCACAGUUGGCAAUAUGGGAUCAACCUGAGCUGGUUGCAGGAGAUGUAUACUUAGAAUCCAAGCAUUCUGAGCUCAGUGAUUUAUUUCCUGGGCCAAAACUAAAGCCAGCUCAUAGUCAUCCAAUAUAAAUUCCUACUUCUAGUUAUCCCAAACUGAUUUUUUGUGUGUGUCAGGAGCAACUUGAGUUGCUUCUGGAGUGAGAGAAUUGGCCGUCUGCAAGGACGUUGCCCAGGGGAUGCCCGGAUGUGUUGAUGUUUUUACUAUCCUUGUGGGAGGCUUCUCUCAUGUCCCCGCAUGGAGCUGGAGCUGAUAGUGGGAGCUCAUCCACACUCUCCCCAGGUGGGAUUCGAACCUGGCAGCUUUCAGGUCAGCAACCCAACCUUCAAGUCACUUAGUCCACUACGCCAUCUGGGGGCUCCUAUCCCAAACUGAUGUCAUUUUGUUAGUAUGAUUUUCAAGGUUGAGUAAAGGGGGGUUGUUUUGUUAGGCUGUUAUGCAACAAUCGGAUCUCAGAGAUCUUCACCAAUCUGACAAACAUUUCUCAAAAUACCACUGCCAGCUUCAAUUCUACCUUCUUACUGCUUUUGGUUUACAAAGUUAGGUAAAGGUAAAGGUUUCCCCUGACAUUAAGUCUAGUUGUCUCCCACUCUGGGGAUUGGUACUCAUCUCCAUUUCUAAGCUAAAGAGCCAGCGUUGUCUGUAGACAGCUCCAAGGUCAUGUGACCGGCAUGACUGCAUGGAGCACUGUUAUCUUCCUGCCAGAGAGGUAGCUAUUGAUCUACUCACAUUUGCAUGUUUUUGAAUUGCUAGGUUGGCAGAAGCUGGGGCUAACAGCAGGAGCUCAUUCUGCUCUCCGGAUUCGAACCACCAACCUUUCAAUCAGCAAGUUGAGCAGCUCAGCGGUUUAACCCACUGAGCCAUGGGGGGCUCACACUUCAACUGAUAUCACUGAUGGUGGUUGAAGAAAAACACACCAAGCCUUAAAGAUAUAAAUGCAUUUUAUUAAUCUUGUUCCAAUGUGCUGGUAUCUUACUGAGAUCCAGUGGUAUUCAAUUGCUUUAUUCCUUCUGAGAACCAGUGCUGUCCAGUUGCUUUUAUUCAACUAUCUAUCUGUCUGAAAAAUGUGUUUUUGUGUUUCUCUCUGUCUCUGUCUGUCUAUGUAUCUAUCUAUCUACCUACCUACCUACCUACCUACCAUUCUUGAACAUGGAACACAACUUCCAGAGGCUAAUUGGAAUCUCAACACCAACCAAGUUUUCCAGUUGGGAACAGGAAAGAGUUUGGAAAGUGUCCAGAAGUCUGAUCCAUUGUAUUAGAAUAAUAGAAUCGUAGAGUAUUAAAAAGGGCUUUUUCUAAAACAAGAACACAUUUUCAUAGAAUAUUGAAAUAAGUGGGGAACAGUUUCAAAUAAACAUAUUUAGGUUUUAUCUUCA